UGUAUUUGAUUCAACCAAACCCUGAACUGAAUCAGAAUUCUUUUCUGUGGGAGGUUCUUGGUUUCAGUUGAGUAAGGUGGUGACAGCCCUAGAUUUUCACAGUUUGGAAUGGGCCACCCAGAACAAUCUAGGGCUGGAGGGCAGAGUUGGGUAGGUAGGAGGAGCAGGUGGGGGAAAAGAGACGCCAUGAAUGAAAAGGCCUGGGAGUGUAGGAGGGAGCAACUGAGCCUGUUGCAUCUCUCAGAAGAAGGCAGGAGUGCUGGUAGUGAAUGCUGUGUCAUUCAUAUGGAGCCCCCGGUCGUCUCACGGACUAUUGACCCGUACACCACUAAUCUGCUGCCACCAACCAGGUCCUCCCCGGUAAAUCACUUAGUUAUUUUUAUCCUGUCUCUAACUCUUCUACCUCCUCUCACACAAGAACCAACUGCACUAACUGUCUCUCUAAUUCCAUCUGUCUGCCAACUGCUUUCCUAACUGCCUUUUCCCAACCAACUAACUAAAACCAACCAACCCAAACCUCGGGCUAAGCCCUUUUAUAAACAGGUAGGCUCUGCCUCUGCCUUUUCUAUUGGUCUACCUAUUAACUCUUUCUCUCCCCCUGUACAGACAUUUUCAAACGAACGGGCAAAUGCCACAGAUGCCUUUGGAUGUAGGGUGCUCCUUUUCUGCCUGAGCUCUCCUUUUCCCCACCUAACUCUCCUCCCUGCCCCUGAAACAGCACUCUCCAAAAUCCAUGUCUCCUUGCUCAUUUGCAAGCAUGCCUUCCACACAGGGAAGCUGCUUGGGAAGGAGUACUCAACAGGAUUAAGAACACACACACACCUUGUUGUGGGUCGGGAGGAAUGGAGAAGACACAACGGUCAGAUCUAUACUCAUGGUUUCUAACGUUAAGGAAGGGAUAAGGAACGGUUAUCAUACUGGAUUUGGACACAUUACAUUUUGCUUGUAACAUUAAUAAUCCGUUAUCAAAAUGUGACACUAGAGGGUGCUGCAGAGCAACCAGGAACUGGCAGUAUGAGAAAGUGUGUUGUUAUGGAGGAAACAAGGUAAGGAACAUUUUUAUUUUACCAGUAUGCCCUGUGACGUUUCAGAACAAGGUAUCCAAUAUCGUUCUAAUAACGUUAAAAAGCUCCAUGUAGAUCCAGCCAAUGUCUUCUUCCUGCUCCCCCUCCUGACUGUAUGUUUAAAUUACACCUACCCAAACACAUUUAAAAGGGCACUGGAUGUCAAUCAGCCAAAGGCCCGGUUAAAGAGGAGUGUUUUUGCCUGGUGCCUAAAGAUGUAUAAUGAAGGCGCCAGGUGAACCUCCCUAGGAGGAGCAUUUUAUAAAUGGAGAGCCACCGCAGAAAAGGCCCGUUCUCAUGUUGCCACCCUCUGAACCUCUCUAGGAGGAGGUAUAUGAAGAAAGGCACAACAUUAUGACAUCAUAUGAUUGACAGCUCGGCCUGACAAAGUUGGCCCACAGGGGGUGGAGGAGCCAAAACAUCUGGAGGGCAUCAAGUUGGUCUGUGUGCUCAAAAUAGUGAGUGUGCAUCCACAGCAUGAUCACACACACACACACACACACACACACACACACAGCACUCUUUGCUCAGGUUGCUCUUCGGUUCCUAUUUAUUUAUGUAGACUGUGAUCUGCUAUUUUUUUUUUCUUCUUUCCAGAUUCAGAGAGAGCAGAAGAGCAACCCAAAGCUGAAAUAUUCAUCAGGAUCUACACUCAGGCUUAAGGAGAUUUUUAUUUUAUUUUAAUCAGUUCCAUGUUCUACAACAACAAAAAAUCAAACAGAAGCUUAAGAGCUUAAAUGGGACGUGCCAGGACGGAAUGGUUUCCUCGCACACUGCCAAGCUCAUGCCCUGCAGGGCAGCACUCACUUUCCCUUAGAGCCCAUCUGGGAUUCACGCAGGAGCAUCUGUGUCAUCAUUGCCAAAUAAUAAUGUAGCUAAGUAGCCUUGGACAGGUAGCUAACAGGCAUCUGAUCAUGGCCAGGACCUUUGCUAAUGGGAUGCAACAAAGCUCUUCUCAAAGCUAGGGUGGCCACUUAUGCAUCACCAAAAGAGAGGACAAAGAAAGGAGAGUGAUUUGCAUAAAAUUUGCAUAUGUUAAUUCAUAUGUAUAGGUGAAAAAUUCUAUAAUUUAAAACAGAAAUCUUUCCAUCAUGGGGGAAUGGGGUAAGGGGAUUUGUGUGCUGAUAGCGGAUUUCAGCCUUGGUCUUUCAGGUCCUAGUCCAACACUCUACCCCACUCCCCAAUACUACACUGGCUGCUGUUAUGGUUAUUUUGUAGCAGCAGUAUUAUGGGAUGCAUAUGUCACUCUUCAGCAUAGGAUUUAGUAGCCAGUCAGGUAAGCCAAUAGGACUACUAGUGUUGCAGAGUCGGGGCAAGUGAGUCUGGGGGGCUGGGGGCUGACAAGGGAGGAGUUAAGGGCCAGGUGAGAUGUGACAGUAUUUUCUCACUUGCUAAUAGACUGAAUGACUUUUUACAAGUAAAUUGCAGACAUGGGAGGGAAUGCAAGCCACCCCCACCCCCACACAAUGGAGAUAGCAGACACAAGUGGCCUGAUCCAGAUCUGGACUGCAGCAGGGGUCAAAGGUGCUUAAACCAAAUCCCUUUUGCUUACAAUUUGCUUUUUCAAAGUCAUUCACACAAUUGCUAAUUGGGUAAAUGGCUUUUCUGUCUUGUUUGUUCUAAGCCUGGAAGUAUUAGGAAGGAAGUCUCAGUGAACAGAAACUGAGCUGGAUUAAAAGGUUUUUCUAUAGGCCACGCAGACAGGCAGGCAUCUAACGACCAUCUUAGCUUCAACAACUCACAGACUGACUCAUUCAAAGACAGUUGUGCCAGUGGAUGGGCACAGAAGGAAUCACACAGGAACUUCAGGCAGGUUGCUGACCAGUAGGGGUCUCAGGACUGACUGGGGAUCAAUGGCUGGAGGUCAAUGAAAGGCAUUACUGUUGGCUGUCCUUGACACUGGGCUAACUAAUGGCUAACUAAUGGAUGCUUUAACUGAGAUUCCUGCACUGCAGAGGGUUGGACUAGAUGACCCUUAGGGUCCCUUCCAAUUCUAGAGCCAGUGUGGUGUAGUGGUUAAGAGCGGUAGACUCAUAAUCUGGUGAACCGGGUUCACGUCUCCGCUCCUCCACAUGCAGCUGCUGGGUGACCUUGGGCCAGUCACACUUCUUUGAAGUCUCUCAGCCUCACUCACCUCACAGAGUGUUUGUUGUGGAGGAGGAAGGGAAAGGAGAAUGUUAGCCGCUUUGAGACUCCUUAGGGUAGUGAUAAAGCGGGAUAUCAAAUCCAAACUCCUCUUCUUCUUCUUCUUCUUCUUCUUCUUCUUCUUCUUCUUCUGUUCUAUGAUCUUCCUCUUCUUUUUUUUCAUCAAUAGUCUUUGAGAAACAAUUUGAACAUUUUAUAAAUUUCUGCUUGAUCAGGAGCCUGUGUGUUUCACACAAAGCAUUGGACCUGGGGAAGAGCCACAGUUAGGCAUUUAUUUUAAAUAAUGGGGAGCAGUCGUUGCUGCUUUGGCUAUGCACCAUACCUUUAAAGUACAUUUAACACACACCUAAAAGAAGCCUGGGAACUGUAGUUUGUUCAGCUUCCACGAUUCUUUGUGUGUUUUGAAUGUGCUUUCAAUGUGUGGCAUGUAUGCAACUUUAGCCCCACAAUCCUAGGUGUGCAACCUGAUAUCUAUAGCAUCCAGCAGAGACUUAUUCAGCCUGUAACCUCCAUCUUGGCACUGAGUUUACAAGUGACUCCUAUGGUUACAAUAUCAGGCAAAAUUUUGGUACAUUUUUAAAAAAAGUUAUCCUCCCCAUCUGCCCUGCUUGCUCUGUGCAACAUCUUGCCUGGUGAAGAAUUCUGGGGAACAUGAAAGCUUAUUCUCUUUUUGUGACCUUUGGGUUGGCCUUAGGCCUUGCCUAACUAUAGAUUUUGGAGAAUUUUCCCACCCCCAACCCCAACCCCUUAUGGACCAAUACUGUUGCCUAUGCUUUUUAAAUAUAAAUCUGCUCCGUCUCUGAGUCAUGCUGUCCCGCUCUCAGUAUAUUAGGAUGCCAUGAGCAAUUCAGGGGAAGUAACAUCUGAGUCUGGAGCCUUUCAAGCAGCAGCCUGCUGAGGUGAGGCACUCAACAAUCCUCCUGCCCUAAGGUCAUACUCAGCGAGGAGUCCCUGGAAUUAGACCCACCUCAUGCAUCGUGAUUGAAAACUCCAUCCCAGCCGAGAAGCAAUGCCUGGAAAUAACUUGUUGGUAAGUAGACAGAAGUCUGUAAAUCCCGCUUACUGCUCAGCAUCUGCCAGCAGCCACAGUCGGCUGCUCCGCUCCGGUGCCUCCGAAUCUCAAUAAGUCCCCUGCACUCCUCGGCUGCUGCCUUGGUUUUCCUUGGUCACUCUUCGUCACUCUUGACUGCUCCUUGUCUCUCUUCAUCAGCCUUAGCAGUGCUCAGCCUCACCAUCUCCCUCUCCCUCCCCUUCUGAUUUCUCUCUCUUGCUAGCGUGUCCCCACGCAGGGCAACUUUUCAAACUCAAUAUAUUCCCUAAUAUUCUACGUUCUCUGCCACCCACUCCAAAAGAGGCCGUGACACAGAUGGAGAUUGACACGGGGGCAUCAGAAAGCGCAGAGAGAGAAGCAUUUCUGAGAGAAGAUGGAGAGAGAGAGAGAAGGUUAUUCCCUUAAGAAGAACUUACUUUGGAGGCAGCCUGUUCAGAAUAGGCCCAUUUCUCCACUUGAGAGCAGACCGGCAAUUUGGCGCGGGGGCUAAGCCGUUGUUGUUAUUAUUAUUAAGAUUUAUAUUGCCAUCCAUUAAAGAACAUUCCCUGGGCAAUUCACAACAAAAUAUUAAGCAAGAUGAUAAAUAAUAAUAAGAACAGGAAGCCAACAAUCAGCCAUAAAAGUUCAAGGAAAUUCUUGAAGGAGGCAGCAUAAAGUAGUUUAUAGCCCAGAUUUAAAACUGCUAAAAGGACUGGGUGAAUUUAUUUGGCACCAAAAAGACUACAGAGAAAGCACCAGUUUGCUCAGCCUGACACUAGUUCUGGCUUCACCUACUGUUGGUCUCCCUGCCUUCUUCGCUACUCGAUCUAAUAGGCACCAGCCACUAUGCAGCUGAACAUGCUUAGUAUCCUUUACAACAGUCAUAGGCAAGCUCGGCCCUCCAGAUGUUUUGGGACUACAACUCCCAUCAUCCCUGACCACUGGUCCUGUUAGCUAGGGAUGAUGGGAUGAGUUCUAGUCCCAAAACAUCUGGAGGGCUGAGUUUGCCUGUGCCUGCUCUACCACAUGAUCAUAAGCCCUUAGCAAUCAGUGUAGCUUCUGGUUACAUGGAGGAGCCUAUCCAUGUACUUUACAGCCUGAUAUUAAAAAGGGGGAGACAGCUAAACCACCACCAUUCUGUCAAUCAUCUUGCCAAAGAAAGGUGCAUUGUUGACUGGGUGGUAGUUGGCAUAAACCUCUGGGUUCAUUUCACUGCCUUCCUCCCCUCCCCCCCAGUGGCUGCACCACCACCUUCUUGGGGACCAUCCUAUCAUGCAAUGAAGCAUUCACCACAUCCUGGUUCUACCUAGUCAACCCUCCAUGGCUUGCACAAACCAGUGAGCAUGGGUCAAGAGACCACGUCGUAGACCACACAACUGCAAGAAAAUUGCCUGCAUCUUCAAGCAUCAAUAGCUGAAACUGAUUCCACAAAAUGGACGGAAUGGUACAUCAGAUGCCUCAACAGCUAUUGCAUCAAUGAUGAUUUAGCUGUGUUUGUUAAAGAUGUGGUUAUGCUCCAGUUGCUCCCCUUGAUUGUCCAUUCUUUAUUUUCUUUGCUCAGUUUCUCAACAAAGCAGCAUCUCUUGAACUUCAGCAAUGUUUACUUUCUCUUGUUUAAGAACAUGUUAUUCUCUUGAAUACUUUUCAAAUUCAAAUUGCAUGUGCAGAAACCACAUAGUACAAUGCAGAGUAUCAUUAGCCCCCUUUUGCUCUUGCAAGAUUUCCCCUUGAAACCACAUCACAUGAACCCACAUAUGCUAAAUAGGUCCCUCUUUCUGUUUCAUUUCUCUCUCUGUGCUUCAGUGAAAAUCCAAACAUUGCAAUUCAAUCCUUGUUAAAAUCUAUCAGUAAUCAAAUACGCAUAUAUUACCGUUUUCAUCUCCCAGCUGGUAGAUGUUGGCAAUGUGUGUGUAAAUAAUAAUGAUAAUGAUGAUAAUAAACAAAACUAGAUUUUAUUUCAUCUGAUAUAGAUGCUAAGACUUUGCACAUUUCAAGCAGAUUGGGGUGGGGUGACCUAUCCCAUUUUCCUUUUAAGCAUUAAUUUGGUGUGUCCAUCAUUGUUUUACAGUUUACUCUUUCUUUGAGCCCCAAGAACGAGGCUCUUUACUCAUAAACAGCCCAUUGCUCCUCUUCACCAAAGUGAUGGGCUUAGCAUUCAGAAACUGCCUGUCAUAUAACUUCUGAUCCUUUCCUGUAGCCUAUGGGAUAUGCAUUGUGCACACAUCUUAUUUCUACUAUACUACAAAAACAAACCUACCUACACAAGUUUCAGUGUGGCACAGCUGGCAGAUAUUUAGACCCAUCUGCACUAUACAUUUAAAGCAGUAUCACGCCACUUUAAACGGUCAUGGCUUCCUGCAAAGGAACUGGGGCCUGUAGUUUGUUAAUGGUGCUUAGAAUGGUUAGGAGUCCCUUCACAGAGCUACAAUUCCCAACAGUCCCUGGGAAGAAGGAUCAAAUGUUAAACCACUCUGGAAAUUGUAGCUCUGUGAGGGGAAUUGAACUAGAUGAGCUUCAAGGUCCUUUCAAACUCUAUGAUCCUAAAGGGAUGGUAUUGGUUGCCAGUUAGGUACUUGUAAUGUGGAAUGGUAACUUAAAUUGUUUAGAAUCCGCAUGUGUAUUUCAGUGAACAGAGGCUUAGGUCCAUUCCUCUGCAACAGACAGUAAUCCAGCUCCAAGGUGGAGAUGAAUCUAGAACUAACCACAGGCCAGGAUACUAUGGCAUAUCAAUAUUGCAUAAAUAGCAUGUCUGUUAAUGGCAUGGUCCUUAACUGCUUAAAUUUCCCAGCAUUUUGGAGCUUGAAUGAAAACAGAAAGCCCUUGACCCUAUCUGCUAAAUUAAAAGAGGUCCUGCCCCUUAAUUGAAUAUAGAUACAUUCAUUGAUCCAGUACAAAUAUUGCAGCUUCUACAUGCAACAAUUAUUUUUACUGACCCUAAUGGAAUAAAAAAUGGGGAAGGACUUCUUGACUUGACAUCUUGUAAACUGCUCUCAGGUUAUUUUAAUGGUGGGAUACAAAGCUCUUCAAAUAAAAUUUACAAAUCCAUACAUUUACUUUAUCUACUAAAUUUCUGAUAGGGUAUGGACUGUUAGUUUGUCCAGCUCCGGCCCAUCUGGAGCUGGUACGGCUCGUCUUAUCCUGAGCCCAGCAGAGUGUAGUCCGCAGACGAAAGGAUGAAGCAGGUAUAGUGCCACAUUGCUAAUUUUAUUUCCAAACUAUACCGAGAAUACCGAGAACGUACAUCUUGCCUCUGUGAGAGCAGAGAGCAACUCUCUCAACAAAGAAACGACAGAACAAAGAAACAGGAAACCAGUGUUUGUCACAUCCAGUCUCCCAUUCCCGUGGGAACCCAACAGUAACUCGGACUGUGGAAUGUAAACAUUGUCUUGUGACAUGCAUCUGCUGCUCAGUGAGGGAAAUAGAAACCAACAUGGACCAGGUAGGCCCAGAUUUUCACAAUGUCAUGUAGGAGGGCAGGAGAUAAAAAAAAAUUGCCCCACCUCACUAGCCUUCCCCAGUUUUGUAUCUUCCA